AUGUCAUCUACCUCUACAUCAAUCACAAGUUCAACCUCAACAAAGUUUCAAUCAGAUUCAACUUCAAUAAAACCAAAAGAACCAAUAAAUUUAUCAGCUUUUAAACAUGAAACUAUAGUAUAUCAUAAACAAGAUAAUUCAUAUUGGUUUUAUGAAAAAUCAAAAGAUUCAUUUCCAGGUCAAGCAUUUGGAUUAGAAAUUUUGGAAAUUUUAUAUCAUACAAAAACUAAAUUUCAAGAUAUUUUAAUCUUUAAAUCAAAAAAUUUUGGAAAUGUAUUGAUAUUAAAUGGUAUUAUUCAAUGUACAGAAAAAGAUGAAUUUGCUUAUCAAGAAUUAAUUACUCAUGUACCAAUAAUGUCUCAUCCAAAUCCUAAAAAGGUAUUAGUUAUUGGUGGAGGAGAUUGUGGAGUUAUAAGAGAAUUAAUUAAACAUGUUGAAGAUAAAACUGUUGAAUCUAUAACAAUGGUUGAAAUUGAUGAUAUGGUUAUUAAAUUAUCGACUCAAUAUUUACCAGAAAUGGCAAAAUAUCAUAAUCAUCCAAAUGUAAAAUUAAUAAUUGAAGAUGGUUUUAAAUUUUUAAAAGAAACUCAAUCAAAAUUUGAUAUUAUUAUAACUGAUUCAUCAGAUCCAGAAGGUCCAGCAGAAGAAUUUUUUCAAAUAAAUUAUUUUAAAUUAUUAAAUAAUGCAUUAUCAAAAAAUGGUAUUGUUAUAAUGCAAUCUUCUGAAAAUAUUUGGCUUAAUUUAAAAUAUUUAAAAAAUUUAAUUAAAAAAUCAAAUUUGAUUUUUAAAAAUGUUAAUUAUUUACAAUGUUAUAUGCCUUCUUAUACUUCUGGUCAAUUAGGUUUAAUUAUUGCAACAAUGGAUGAAAAUUUAAAUUUAUCAACACCAUUAAGAAUAUUUUCAAAAGAAAAAGAAAGUAAAAUAUUUAAAUAUUAUAAUCAUUUAAUUCAUCAAAGUUCUUUUAUUUUACCUACUUGGGCUAAAGAUUACUUGGAAAAUAAUAAUGAUUGA